AUGACGGCGGUGACGCAGAAGAAGGCGUUCGAGGACGUCUCCAUGUACCGCUCCAUGUCCAGCAUCAGCAGCUCUGCCUCCACUGCUGAGGCCACCGCUGGUAACGAUGUGUCUUCGUUCCUGUUUGACGAUUACCGUGAUGAUGGCUUUUCUACCAAUUUGAGCUGCAAGCACUGGGUGUCGGUGGGCCACCUGAGCCUCACCACCACCGAUGCGGAGCUCAAGUCUCUCUUUUACCCGUACGGCGCCGACGAGGCUUUUACUGUGUGGGAGGGGACGACCAUGAUGGGGUUUGUGGGGUUCGACUCACCCGAGAUGGCGGAGCUGGCGGCACAGAAAAUGCAUGAUUUCGUCCCUCGGCGGCAGUCUCAGGCGCUGGCGGUGCGUGCAGUGAGACUGGAGGAGGUACUGCGGGCCCGCACCAAGGGCCCCAUCUCGCUGCUGGCGGUACUGUACAGUGAAUGCGCCACGCAGGGUAUCAGUGCCGUGAUUAGGCGCAGCAAUUCCCCCGUGGCCGUGGCCAGGGACGUGGCGGUGGAGGUGGCGCGCGCCUCUCCGGCGGUUCUGCAGCGUCUCGUGGCGGCGUUCUCUGACCUCUCUCCGCAGUGGUUCGGCUUCACUUCCUUUAGUGAGGAGCUGCUCAAAUCACUGCUGGGGUCGCUCCUGGAGGUUGACGAGAUGAAUACUGCUCAGGCCAUCAACUGCGGCGCUGUGGUUGGUAUCCUCUUCCAGAUGAAUAUGAUCAUCGGCGACCCGUAUUACCUCGCAUCACGCCUGCUGCAGAGGGCUGGGCAAAGUCUGGUGCAGCUCGAAGGCAUCUGCACGCUAGCGCACACGUGCGCGCUGCUACCUGGCUACCACGUGUCUAGGGCUUCUUUUUGGGAUCAAGUGGCGGACAUUGCCGCGAAGGUGGCAGACCCAGUAGCAAACCGUGCCUUGCGCGGUUACCUCCGCCGCUACACCCAAACAAAUGCACACGCUGCAAUCACGGCAAUCCCUGGCUCGCUGUCGUCAUCUGCACCGUCCCCGCUGGUGUUCUCAACGAUGCCGUGUCCAUCUGCAACCGUGGGGCGGUCACAGGUAGUACGCCAGCGCACGCCUCCGCAGUACCCAUGUCAGGACCAGAUGAGAUGCCGCACCAUCUAUAUCUCUCACUUGCCUGGCCUCCUGCCUCAGAGCAUGCUGCUUGAGCUCCUCACUGCAGCCGGCCCUGUGAAUAAGGUGCGCAUCUGCACCGGAGCUGGCUACUCUACGCUGUUUGCCUUUGUGGAGAUGCGCACAGCGGAGGGGGCGCAUCGGGCCAUGUGCAUGAAUGGCCUGCAGCUGAUGGGGUAUACCAUUCGUGUCGAGACUGCCCGGAAUGCGGUGCAGGACGUGAUCGAGAAGGAUGCCCAAUUUGACGCGAACGGGGCGGUGAUUCAGCCAUGCCUCUUCGGCAUGUCUCAGGCCCCGCUGUCCAAGUGCCUGACCUCCACCGACUGA